AUGCUAACAUCUAGGUUAGGCGGCUUCUAUGGUCUUGGCAAGCACAUAUGGUCGUUAGGGCCGUAUGAGAUGCGACAAAUCACAAUAAGCAAGAUCACGUUCGCCUAUGUCUUCAUCUACGCAUGGAGUGUAUGCAUCAUCAAGUUCUCAAUCCUGGCGCUGUACCGUCGCAUAUUCGGCCUCUCAUACUUUGGCUAUUUCUGCAUCGCUCUCACUACAGGCUAUCUCAUCACAAACCACAUCGUCCUGCCGCUCUACACGCGACCACUGCAUUAUUACUGGAACCAGUGGUACGGAGAUAAAGGCGUGGUCCAGGUAGACGAGGCAAAGUUCUAUCUCGGUGUCGGCAUCAUCAACCUUUUCGGCGAUGUGUGCAUCCUUACGAUACCCAUAGCGAGCGUGCUUAAGCUUCACAUGGGACGGACCCAGAAGGUGGCAGUCUGUCUCACGUUCCUGCUCGGUAGCUUCGUCUGUUUUGCUUCGCUCUACCGCAUCAUCACCAUUACCCACCUCGUCCAGUCGAAAGACAUCAGCUGGGCAAAGAGCGACGUCUUCAUCUGGUCCUCCGUAGAGCCUUCCAUCGGCAUCAUUUCCGGAUGCUUACCCACGCUGCGACCGCUCAUGAUGAAAGUGAUCAACGCACUCUCGACCCGCCUGCCAUCCUCCUUCAAAUCAUCACAGCAUUCUCAAUCAUCCGGCCCCUCGCUGAACCCUCUCGAAACGAUAUCCAAGAAGCGCACGCGCAAGAUCAACCUCAAGGAUACGUUGGGAGACACGAUUAACAAUGACACUCGGAGCCAGUGGGGCAAAUCGCGAUUGGAUGAAGACGAAAUGUGUCUCACGACAACGACUGUGCAUGGGGAGUGCCCGGGUACUGCCCUGUGCAAAGAAGGCAGUGUGACCACAAGCGAGCUCUCGCAGAGUAUGAGGAGAGAAAGAGGUAUUACUAUGACGAAAGAAUUCGCAUGGGAUGAGGGAACGCAUGACCAAAGCCCAGACAACAAGGUCUAG